AGAAGAGUGGCUACACUGGCUGGGGUGCAGGAAUCCGGAUAUGAUGAAAGUUGUAGACGCAACUAUCCUCAGAAAAACUACCGCCACUGAACUUCGAAGGCGUCGCGAGGAUCACCGCUGAUAUUUUUUUUUUGGUACGUCAACAACCUCCGGACUAAGUAGGACUGGGACAAGCUGGCAACUAAAUUUACCUUAAGUUCUUGGACGCCAAGUUACUCUUACACCCAGUUUGGUGUUCGUCCUCCUAGCGUCCCCGGGAAAGAGUUGGAGGAAGGAAGCAUGGAAAUAAGUCAGAUUUGAAAGCAAGGGAGUUGGUCAUGUUUGAAAGCGCUGAGGGCUGAGGGGACAGGGAGGAACAACUUCGGGUGUGUGUGUGUGUGUGUGUGCGUGCGUGUGUGUGUGUCCCGAGGCGACGACUGUCUCAUGUCCAAGGAGACCGUCCUUCCUCCGGAUGGGCCGGCAGGGCCAGGGAAGGGCCCACAGCAGGAGACGAAACCCCUGCUGUCAGCCUCUCACGAUGCUUGUGACAGUGAAUCAUCAGGAAGAACACCGUCUCCUGGGAAACCAGUUGCUGAAGGAAAAAGUCACGUGACGGACGAGAAGCCUAAUUAUUGCGAGCCCGUAAGAACUCAACCUCAGUCUCAGCCAGUGCCCUCAGAGCCUGCCGAGGGAGACACUGCCAAGGACCCAAAUGGCUUUCGCCACAACAGCACUGGCACGCCCGUGCUGAGUAAUGGCAGCAGAAUCCACCCUGGCAUCGGCAGUGCUGGGGCAACGCGCAUAUGCUCUUGCGGUGCCAACAUCAGCACAGGCAUCAAGGGUGGGUCAGGCCCUGGCACAAGAGCAGCGGCGACUGCACCAACUACAGAGCAGCCCAGGAGGCAGCCAUCCACACCUGUGUCGCAGAGAAUGCAGAGGAAAUUGAGGUCCAGCUUGUCAGUCAAUAGUGACAGCAGCAGACGCAGCAAAGGCAGUUCCACUGGGUCGCAAAAACCUCCUUUACCAGAGGACUGCUGCGUCCACUGCAUCUUGGCCUGCCUGUUCUGUGAGUUCCUGACGCUUUGCAACAUGGUGGCGGCACAAGCCUCCUGCGGCGCAUGCACAUCAGAGGCUUGCUGCUGCUGCUGCUGUACUGACGACCUGGGCGAUGACUGCAACUCCCCCUGUGACAUGGACUGUGGCAUCAUGGAUGCUUGCUGCGAGUCCUCAGACUGCCUGGAAAUCUGUAUGGAGUGCUGCGGCAUCUGCUUCCCUACAUAGAGAGGCCUAUGCUGGUGUGGACCAGGGUGUGGUAACUGGACCCUGGAAGAAAAUAUAGAAGGACACUGCUGCUGCUGUCACUUUCAAUUCAGCAACAGACAGAGGGAACAAGUUGUUUUUGUGUGUCUGUGUGUGUGAGUGUGUGAGUGUGAGUGUAAUGGUCUUCAUAUGUGUUUGUGGAUGUCCCUUUUUUUUGUGAUGUGUGAUGACUGUUGAGUGUGUGAAAUAGUAUGAUGCAGUUUAGUAAAGCAUGCUUUGAAAGAUGUAUUUUGACACUGGGCUUCUCCAUCAAACCAGCUCAGCAGGGACUAGAAGCAACUUUAGAUAUAUGAACAUGUGAGUUAAAUCUUCAGUUCAUAGUGAGUUGAUUCUAUUAAGUAUUCUAUCCUUGGCAAAAAAAUGAUUAUCACAGACUGCCUUUGAAGAUUUUGUUGUUACAUCAGGAAUGCUGUCUAAUUAUAUUGUAUCUUUUUUUUUUGGUCAUUUUGGUGAGGGACAUGUUGCAUACACUAAACAAAAUGACAACAUUUACUCUGUUUUUAUUUUCAAUACUUGUGUUUUUUGAUGCUCAGAAACUGAGGUUGCAGUCUUAGUACUGUACAACACUGUAAAAAGUUUGUGACAGUUCGUACAUUCUUAGUUGCAUACUGUAAUUUUCCAACACAGACUCUCUUUUACACAUCAUCUACUGUAGCACUGUAGAACAGUUUAAAAUGGUGAAAUAUCAAAGGUGAAUCAGGACAUCAUAUCAUCUGCUACUUUCUGACACUAAGGGUAAAGAAUGGGAUGUGGACAAAAUGCUUAUACUUUUCUAUUUCAAGUUUUUAAAAAAAAAAAAAAUGAAAUGGCUUAUUAUCACAGAAAUAAACUGCACAAAAUUGCUGAUAGCUAAAUCUUACAAAGUACUGGAAUGUCUAUGAAAACAUUUUUAUACCAAAGAAUCUCAUCUCACACCUCCUUGUCUGGCAGUAUUUGAAGCCUUGGCUUUACUGGAAAUAUAGUGCAGAACCUCACAUUUUUUUUAUACAUUGUACAGUUUUCUGCGAUGUUAAGAUAAACAAUGACUUUGAAAGUCCUCCUCUAAUGUCAGCAGUCAGUGACUAGGCUUUAUCAGCUCCAUAUGGUACAAGUCUUUUCUGUGAUGCUAUUUUACACACACUGUGUAAGUAUGACUUGUUGAACUGCACUCUGUUCAUGAGGGUUGUGAUAAGGAAUUAAAAAAUGGUGACCCUGGUUGCCAUAUAAGCGGCUUUUGGGUAUCAAGCCAAGUGACUCACAAUACAAAAAAAGGAAUCAUGAACUGUCAUGUUGAAAUGGUAAACUAAUGCAGGGUAAAGGCAGUUUUCUUCUCCUUUUUUUUUUCUGUUCCUUAAUUCUGUGUAUUUCAAGAUGAGGUUGUGGUGAAUCACCAGUAGAGUCAUUUUCUUGUCUUGGAGAUGUGCUUUGAUGUUGUUUAAGUGAUGAUACUUAAUGCUGGCCCUCAUUAGCACUGCUUGAUGAAUGGUUUAAAAAAAAAAAAAAAA